AUGUCCCAACCAACCCUGCCUAUGGAAACCGAUGAUGACGAGGCGACAACAAGCCGCCCCGCCACACAACAGCAAGGCCGACCAAGGUCGACAUCCCCGCAGCUCCAAUUCAGAACCGCGGUGAUGCCACAGGCCCUACAGCAACCACCACCACCACCGAUCGCGAUACGAUCAAUGGCGGCCCCAGCGAUCGCAACUACAUUGACGACCACAGCACCCACGGGUGCUGGGAAUGCAGCAGUGAUGCUGCCACCACCGCCGAUCCUGACAGUGAUGGAAUGGUGGGUCUCUUUUGGGACCCACCAGUUCACGCUAUACCACACAGAGGUGUGCACUGUGUGCUACAGCUACCUCCAACAUAUUGCAAUGGCACGCAACACGGCCCUCUAUCAGGAAGCCCACACAGAUGCGCUCAAUGCUGAGCAGCACCUGUUCUGGGAGCACUUCCAGACCUACACGGCCUCAGAAGGGGGAGGACAUGGUGAUGUUCCCAUGCAGCAACACAACACGAAGCUGCAAGCGCAACUCCAUGCGGCGGAAACAGAAGCAACCACACAGCGACGACAGAUCGACGACCUACUAAGGGAGCGUGAACACCUCCUCAGGCAGAUCGUGUCAAGUUCCCGACCUCGAUCGCCCCCGGACUAUUGCGGGUGA